UGCCAGCCGGACCCCAGGCCGCCUCCCCGCCGCCGCCGCCGCCGCCGCCGCCUGGCCUCCGCGCGAGCGCUCCACCAUGGACAGUCCUGUUUUCACCUUAUAAAGAUGGCGGUGCGGGAUCGCUGCAACCUUUAGACUAAUGACUGUCCGAAACAUCGCCUCCAUCUGUAAUAUGGGCACCAAUGCCUCUGCUCUGGAAAAAGACAUUGGUCCAGAGCAGUUUCCGAUCAAUGAACACUACUUCGGAUUGGUCAACUUCGGAAACACUUGCUACUGUAACUCCGUGCUUCAGGCCUUGUACUUCUGCCGGCCGUUCCGGGAGAAUGUGUUGGCAUAUAAAGCCCAGCAAAAAAAGAAGGAAAACUUGUUGACGUGCCUGGCAGACCUUUUCCACAGCAUUGCCACGCAGAAGAAGAAGGUUGGCGUGAUCCCACCAAAGAAGUUCAUUUCGAGGCUGAGGAAAGAGAAUGAUCUCUUUGAUAACUACAUGCAGCAGGAUGCUCACGAAUUUUUAAAUUAUUUGCUAAACACUAUUGCGGACAUCCUGCAGGAAGAGAAGAAACAGGAAAAACAAAACGGAAAAUUAAAAAAUGGCAACAUGAACGAAACUGCGGAGAAUAAUAAGCCAGAACUCACCUGGGUCCAUGAGAUAUUUCAGGGAACGCUCACCAAUGAAACUCGGUGCUUGAACUGUGAAACUGUUAGUAGCAAAGAUGAAGAUUUUCUUGACCUUUCUGUGGAUGUGGAGCAGAAUACAUCUAUUACCCACUGUCUAAGAGACUUCAGCAACACGGAGACACUGUGUAGUGAACAGAAGUAUUAUUGUGAAACAUGCUGCAGCAAACAGGAGGCCCAGAAGAGGAUGAGAGUCAAAAAGCUGCCCAUGAUUUUGGCCCUGCACCUAAAGCGGUUCAAGUACAUGGAGCAGCUGCACAGGUACACCAAGCUGUCCUACCGAGUGGUCUUCCCCCUGGAACUCCGGCUCUUCAACACCUCCAGCGAUGCGGUGAACCUGGACCGCAUGUACGACCUGGUCGCGGUGGUGGUUCACUGCGGCAGUGGUCCAAAUCGUGGGCAUUAUAUUACUAUUGUGAAAAGUCAUGGCUUCUGGCUUCUGUUUGAUGAUGACAUUGUAGAGAAAAUAGAUGCCCAAGCUAUUGAAGAAUUCUAUGGCCUGACAUCAGAUAUAUCAAAAAAUUCAGAAUCUGGAUAUAUUUUAUUCUAUCAGUCAAGAGAAUAACUUAAAGAACCGUGGGACUAACUCAAGUGGGGGAAAAUAUUCAAAGCACUAUUCUCUGGUUUCUCUGCAGACUUUCUUCUUCCCCAGCAGCCCGCCAGUGGUAUUACCCUGAGUCUCAGUGGUCUGGCUGUGUUAGACACUCUCCCCUUGUUUUUUUACAUACAGCACUACUUGUGGUCUUAUUUUAGUCUGAGUAGAGUUAACUGCAAUCAGAUUGUAGUAAGAUUUAUAUUAAUAACAGUUGCUAAUUUUAGGAUUGGGUAAAUGCUGUGCCACUGGCUGAAUUAGAAUGACAUUUCCUCCGAAUGUCUACAGUCUAUUUGGGGUCUUUGCUAAACUUCCUAAAUGGCUCCCGGGGUCUCCUUUCAAUGCAUUCCUUUAAGUUGCCCCUGGAAACGUUGCGACCCACUUUUAGCUUCUCUGCCUCUCUUCUGACCGAAGGACAGAAAAAUUGGAUAGAUGUUCCCCAUUUAGGGCUGCACUUAUAGCUUUAAGUUUGUGCAAGUGAAAAUGUUUAAACGUGAGCAACCUCGAUGCUAAAAUCAUCCUCCCAGUGGAACAGGGUGAAGAAAAGCUGUUCAUAGUGGCCAGCAUCUGCCUGGGGGCUGUGCUCGCGUCGCUGUUAGAAUUCCAGGGGCUCAGAAGGUGUGGAGCUCAGGGCAGGCAAAGCCAAGAGGAGGAGGCUUUUGUGGACAGUGAAGUUACCUUUCUUACCUUUCUACCAAAACCAAGUUUCAGGAAAAUAACUCUAUGCUGUUUGUUUUUAGUGAUACUUUUUUUCUGUCAGGUUGUGUGAGUUGUAUCUAUCCUUUAUCUGGCACUGCUAAGCUUUCCAGGGUAUCUUUGCAAUCCUGCUGGUGUUUCGCAGUCUGUGGUCCCAGGACUGAAACACCACGGUGACGCCUGCAGCACAGCUCUCCUUAGCCAGUCAGUACCAGCAGCAUUGUUUUUCAGGAAGAACAAAGGCACUGUACCUUUACUACCAUCAGCCACGUUGUACAACUGUUCACUUUUUAACAUUUCAGCCUGUUUACUGAGGCACUGGCAAGUCCCAGGACGAAUAUGGAACCUUUCCUGGAAGGAAUACUGGAGUUAGCUGGGUGUGAAGGUGGGUCAAAGGAAGUGUCAGUGGGCAGGUGGAGGAAUGAACAAAAUGGCGGCGUUUCUUUGGCUCAGACUCCUAGGAUGCUUGACAAGACGGAGUUUUUUGGAAGAACCUCAUCUCACCAUAGUUACUUUUACUUUUUUCACUUUUGUUAUAUAUGUAUUUAUUAGAUCAUUGAAUAUUGGUACCUUUUAUUAAAAGGGUCAAUUUGGUGUUUUGCCAUUGAGCUGGUUUUUGGUUUCCUACAAAUACUAUGAGUCUAGCUCUUGGCUUCCUUUGGGAGGUCAGUUGAUUUCCAUACACUAUAAUAUACUGUGAACAUGUUAUUUUGUUACCUAGUAAAUCAGCGAAUGAACAUGCAAACAUUUGGCAUAAUGUGAACUAAAACUGAAAUUGAAAACGUUAGUGGCCAUUUUGCAACAAUUAAGAGCAUAGCACUUUAUCUAGAUGAAAACUGGAUUUCUUAUCUUUGAAAUAUCUUGAACUGUUUAUUGCUCAGAACUUAAAUAAGCAUGCCAACGCUCAUUCGUUCAUGCUUGAAGUGAAAUGUUUUACUUUUCACUGGAGAAGACAAAAACAGGGUGAUCUUCACGUUAUUGUUUUAUACAAGUGACGAAAAUAUACCUUGCCUUGUUUAGAGGCGAAUUCAUAUUUAUAAAUACUUUGUCUUUUUUUCCUCCAUGAAACAUAUGCAGUAAUCACUUACCUGGAAAGUGAGUUUUUAUUCUGUUUAAGGAGAGACACUUUCCAACUGAGGGUGAUUGAUAUAGGGAACUGUUUGUACUAUAUAUAACCCAUAUAUUUAACUGCAGGUUGCAAAGUUUAAAAAAAUGAUGGUUGAUCUCUAAUAUAUUUGGAAAUUAAAAAAACUAUUAAAAUUAUCUUUGAAGUGACUCUUGAAGCUAAUUUAUUAGGAAAAAAAGUUUCAAUUGGAAGCCUGUAGAAUUAAUAUCUAAAUGCUAAAUCAUAAAUUCAGGACAUUUUCUUUUUCCUUUGGAUGCACAAAGAAAGAGUUUUUCCCACUAACUUAACUGAAAUAAUUCUUUUUAAUAGAAAGGGUCAGUUAAAAUUCAGUAUUCAUGGAUAGAUUUUUGGAAUAAAAAAAUAAGUAUGAAAGAUAAUGCAAAGACAUUAAAGUGUCAUGCAGGAAAAAAAGAUGGGGAAAAGACCAAAACAUACUCACCCACCAACCCUCCAUCAGUUUUUUAAACUUCAGAGUUAUCUGGUCGUUUCUUCCCUCUUCCUCUUCAAUAAAUGAAACAAACACUAGGCAGCUACAUUCCCCCCCCCCCCCCCCCAAUCAUUUCACUUUAUGUAAAGACAGUAGCAAACACUUUUUAAUUUUUCAUCCCUCCUUCAUCGUGUAAAGCAGAGAAUGGCUGGGAUGUGUGAGACCCUUCUGAGGUCAGUGAUAGCACAAGAGCGCAGCAAUAUUCCCUCAAACGGCCAGGGUUUUUGCGUGUCGUUUUCUGGCAGGAGUGAGUAGGCCUGCUGUAUUUCUUUUAACUGCUGGGUGUUUUAAAAUAAGUUAAGUGUUUUACACUUAAAAAAGAGAAGAAAUGUUUGCUUUAUUGGUUACUUACUAGUUUAGCAUCUUGAUUAUGGUACAGUAUGCUAAAAAGUCAUUUGUUUAAAAGUAAAUUUCGGUAAAAUGCUGAUAUCAGUCCUGUUGUGUUGAUGCCUUUUCCUUUCUGAGGCACCACAAAGUGGACUGGUUUGAAGAGAGCCAAGGAACAAACGAAAAGGUGUUGGCUUGAAUAGGAAGCCAGUCAUGUUUGGUUUUAUGGCUUCAUAUAUUUUGGAUUUCAGAUGAAAUGGGGGAAAAAAAUGACAGAAAUGGU